AUGGGUUUCAGGCAAGUAUAUGCAGGGCUUCUGUUGGUUGUGGCCUUUAGCUGUGUUAGUGAUGCUUGGGACUCCAGGCGGAUAUCAGGAUUUCUGCAUGAUGAAGUCCCAGCCAGGUUUGACGCUCAGAAGCCAGUGCAAGAAGAGCCUGUAAGACAGGACCUUAGCAAGGCUGUUGAAGAGCCUGAGAGCUCACAGACAUUUGCGACGUCUCUGACUUGGACCUAUGCUGAAGUUGAAAAGCCUGAGCACAAGCCCACUGUGUUUGAGUGGCCGCAGCAGGUGGUGGCCAACAGGGUGGUGGUUCGGUGUGGGGAGAGUGUGGUCCGUGUGGAGGUGAAGCAGGACCUACUUGGCCGGCUCAUCCAGCCAGAGCGUAUCACUCUAGGAGGCUGUGCUGCCACUGAGGAGGAUGUUGAAGCUCAUGUGCUCACCUUUGAAUCAGCGCUGGAUGGCUGUGGCAGUGAGCUGACGGUAUGUCACUUCUGCUGUUCAACUUCCUGAAGAAUGGGAAUCGUUAUUCUUGUCUGAGACAUAAUUUGUGAUCCUGUUCCUAGAUGACAGAGGAUGUGCUGAUCUACACCUUCACUCUUGUCCAUGAGCCAAAACCUCUUGCUAACACUUCUAUAGUGAAGACCAGUGCAGCUAUGGUUGAUAUUGAGUGCCACUACUUGAGGUAACUAUUGUUGCCAUUCUUCACUUUGACAACACCUAUAAUUCUGAGGUUUGAGUAAUGCCAUAUUCCAUGUUUUUUUUUUCUAGGAAUCACGAUGUGAGCAGCAAUGCCCUGAAGCCGACCUGGAUCCCCUACACCUCCAACAUGGUGGCAGAGGAGCUCCUCUACUUCUCCCUGAGGUUAAUGACUGGUGGGUAAACCUGACUGGAAGCCUCUUCCUCUGUGUAAACCACCACUAACAUGCUACUCGUCUUUCCAGCUGACUGGCAGUUUGAGAGGCCCUCCAACCAUUACUAUCUUGGUGACAUCAUCAACAUGGAAGCUUCGGUCAUGCCCUACCACCACGUUCCCCUCCGUAUCUUUGUGGACUUCUGUGUCGCCACCUUGGCGCCUGAUGUCAACACUGUCCCUAGAUACUCUUUCAUUGAGAACCAUGGGUGAGUUUAUUUAUAUUACCUUAAAUGUGACCCCUGAAGCCUAACGUUGACCCUUGGUCUCCUCAGAUGUCUGGUUGAUGCCAAGCUGACUGGCUCCAGCUCCCAGUUCCUGUCCAGAUCCAAGGAUGACAAGAUCCAGUUUCAGCUGGAGUCCUUCAGGUUCCAACCACAGAAUGAUUCCCAACAGCUCUACAUAACAUGUCAUCUGAAAGCAACUGCAGCCUCUUCCCCCAUUGAUGCUGAGAACAAGGCCUGCUCCUUCACAGAUGGGUAUGUAUAAACUAAGUUCAGAUCAAAUAAUUGUAUUUGUCACAUACACGUGUUUAGCAGUUGUUAUUGCGGAUGUAGCGAAAUGCUUGUGCUUCUAGCUCCGACAGUGCAGUAAUAUCUAACAAUUUCACAACAUAUACAUACAUCUAGUAAGGAAUGGAAUAUAUACAUAUAUGGACAAGCAGUGGCAUGGACUAAGAUAUAGAAUCCAGUAUAUACAUAUGAGAUGAGUAGUGCAGGAUAUGUAAACAUUAAAGUGGCCAGUGAUUUCAAUAGGCAGCAGCCUCUAAGGUGCUAGUGAUGGCUAUUUAACAGUCAUGAUGGCCUUGAGAUAGAAGCUGUUUUUCAGCCUCUCGGUCCCAGCUUUGAUGCACCUGUACUGACCUCGCCUUCUGGAUGAUAGCGGGGUGAACAGGCAGUCGCUUGGGUGGUUGUCCUUGAUCUUUUUGGCCUUCCUGUGACAUCGGGUGCUGUGUCUUGGAGGGCGGGUAGUUUGCCCCGGUAAUGCGUUCGGCAGACCGCACCACCCUCUGGAGAGCCCUGUGGUUGCAGGCGGUGCAGUUGCCGUACCAGGCGGUGAUACAGCCCGACAGGAUGCUCAAUUGUGCAGCUGUAAAAGUUUGUGGGAUUUAGGUGCCAAACCAAAUUACUUCAGCCUCCUGAGGUUGAAGAGGGGCUAUUGCGCCUUCACCACACUAUCUGUGUGGGUGGACCACUUCAGUUUGUCAGUGACGUGUACGCCAAGGAACUUGAAGCGUUCCACCUUCUCCACUGCGGUCCUGUGGAUGGGGGGGUGCACCCUCUGCUGUUUCUUGAAGUCCACGAUCAUCUCCUUUGUUGACGUUGAGUGAGCGGUUAUUUUCCUGGCACCGCACUCCCAGAGCCCUCACCACCUCCCUGUAGGCGGUCUUGUCAUUGUUGGUAAUCAAGCCUACUACUGUUGUGUUGUCUGCAAACUUGAUUGAGUUGGAGGCGUGCUUGGCCACGCAGUCAUAGGUGAACAGGGAGUACAGGAGGGGGCUGAGCACGCACCCUUGUGGGGCCCCAGUGUUGAGGAUCAGCGAAGUGGAGAUGUUUCCUACCUUCACCACCUAGGGGUGGCCUGUCAGGAACUCCAGGACCCAGUUGCACAGGGCAGGGCUCAGACCCAGGGCCUCUAGUUUAAUGGUGAGCUUGGAGGGUACUGUGGUGUUGAAUGCUGAGGUGUGGGUAUAUUACCUUCAUUACAUGCUGCUAUAUAAACAAACCAUAUUUAUCUGUAGGUGGAAGGCUGCAGGUGGGGAUGACCAGGUUUGUGGCUGCUGUGACUCCAGCUGUGCUGUGAGCAAGGCUAAUGAUCUGGACAGUGAUUCAGGUAGGUGUAAAAGCCAGAGCUUUAUCUUAUCGCGCUGUUUUAGCCCGUCACUUGUAAUGUGUGUGUUCUACUCUCCUCAGAUUUUCAGUGGGAAGGCGACGCUACCCUGGGCCCUGUAAUUGUCUAA